AUGGAUCGUGAUGUCGCAGCACCGCUAUGGAACGGACAGGCCUGGCCGCCACAACGCAGAUGGAAGAAGGCUGCAGCGGCACAAUCGCAGAAGCUCGCGAGCAAUUGGCAGAUCAACAGCGCUGGAGAUGUAUUGAGCGACGCCGAUUGUGGCCAUUCACGCACGAGCAGAACGGUGCUGGAUCGCAGGCGCCCUAGAGUAUCUCGCAAGAAGAUCGGACGGUUACAGACUCUGUACGAGAUAUGCGUGGACAAGCUGUCGGAUAGUCUGUACAACCCGAGCUUCCUGAAUGACCUUGGGCUCUGUCGAGCUUCCGGCGUCGCUGUGCUGCCCGACAAGCUCGCCAAUACCCUCUUGGAUGAACAGCUCGAUUAUGCGCUCUGUACAGACCCCGUCUUGAGCUUCACGCUCUGGUCGACGUUUGCGUUCACGCACGGCACAACUCCUCUCGACCAGGAUGGCGAGGUCCCUCAAUGCGAGCUCUCUCUACGCCAUCGAACCUAUCACGGCUUGGAUCUGUACGAUCUGGAGGAACUUCGUAUUCUACACACGCCGGCAUCGCUAGAUAUUGCGCCUUUCUUCAUCACAACACUCGAUUUGAGUAGGACUGCCUUUGCCGACUCUGACAUUCUCACACUCAUCAAGCCAACUGUCUCGCUCUCACUGGCGGCACUACGGCUCGACUACACUCGUUUGACGGAUGCAGGUAUCAUGCAUGUAGUACGCUGCGCUGAAUGCACUGGCAAUCCAAAUCGAUACGUCUCUUUCGGUCUACUCGAGUAUCUGUCUGUGCGAGCAUUGCCCAAGAUAGAGGACAAGCACAUCGUCGCACUUGCAGCCUUGCCCCACCUUUCGUGUCUAGAUUUGAGGGGCACGUCUUGUACAAAUGCGCUUGUUGGAUUAUUUGCAAAGCGUCAGCCUGGCAACAUGGCCUUCAAGCUUGCCAUCAAGCCCUCCGAGCUCGCCUGCUUUGUAGAGAAUCUGUCGAUGUCGAGCGUGCUUACGUAUGCCCGCAUCGCUCGCACUAAACGAUACUCGUCCGAGGCAUCGAGCUGGCGUGCAACAAUGGAGGAAGCGCUGCUUCACAAGCCGGUGUCUGUCGCGAUCGACGAGAUGCGAAGGACAAGCGGUAUCGAGCCGGCAGCGUCCGCCGCGCUUGCUACGCCGUACGUCAUGCAAGACAACGGACCGGGCAGGAUCUACUCGAAUGCGCCGAUGAACUAUAAGGCGCUACAAGAUGACAUCAGGUCGGAGAUGUCCGUCUUUGCGAAAGCAUCGGACUCGCAGUUGAGAGCGAGUGUCGUGUCCGACACCCCGACCAGACGGCCAGCCGUCUCUGAGCAUGGCAGCGACGACGAAGGCGAGCCAGGCUCACAAGGGUCCGAAAGCUCUGCAAGAAAGCUGCUGCCCGAAGCGAACUGCUCAAUGCUGAUCCGAUAUCCAACUGACGUUGCAGUCUUCUCGCCCAGACGGCAUGCAGAGACGAGCAAAGCGCACUUGGAGGCGGAAACUGCGCGCGUACAGCAAUCUGAAGCCAAUGAACGCAAAAGGAGCGCGCAACAGGCUUUCAAGCCCAAGCCUGUCUUUGCUCAGCUCAAGGCACGCAAGGCUGACUCGGCUCAGAAGCACGUACUGCCGCUAAAGCAGAUGGACCAGCCGCUGGCGAGACAGACGUCUCUAAGCAAUUUGCUAGGCGGCUCGUCGCAGUGCACACAAACACAGAAGACAAAGAUCGUCAAUGUGAACCCUCUGCAGCCCUCGCAGCGCUUUGUGCGGCCUCAGGAUACGCCGAGCGAAGUCGAUAAUUCUGACUUAGUUCGAAUACUUCAGAAAGCGGCAGCAGUUAAGCCGGCGGCGCAGUCAAGAUCCGGCUUCUUUGCGCGUAGAUGA